UCUAAUCAAAACUAGUGAAAGGGUGAUAAUGUUUUUUACACUAAAUGAGAUUGUGCAAUGGAUUGGACUUACUGUAUUUGAAAUAUGGAUCAAUCUUAUAACGCUCACUAUAUUUUCUGUACUGUUAGCUCUUAAAAUUGAUGGUGUAUUGAAUAGUGCAUGGUGGACAAUAUUUGCACCUUUGUUUGUGAGUGAUGCGAUGAAUGCAUACUUUUGCUGUAUUGUAUGCAUAAGAAUGAAUCUGGAAAAUUCUUAUAAAGCUUCUUUAUAUAGAGCAUCUUGGAGUGGAAUAUUUUUAGGGCUAACAUUUGUUUUCAAAUUUUUACUUUGUAGAAAACUACAAGGUGAUUCGGCUAUAGAAUACAGUGAAGUUUUUGCACCAUUAUUUAUAUUGUUACAAUUGAUAGCAGUACGUGCAUGUCAAUUACAUCAAUAACAUUCUUAACCAAAAGAUGCUCUUAUAUUUAUGGACAUAAAUAUUGUUGUACUAUAAUCAUAAUUAUAUCUGUAUGUUUCAUUUUUUUCAAGUAAACUGACAACUACGCUAUUGUAAAUAAGCUUUGUAGCAUAAUCUGACUGAGACAUACAAAUAGAGAGCUAUUUACUUAUGUUACUUUGAAAAUGUUUACACCUGAAACCAAAACACAUUUUAAAUUCAUAUCCAUUUGUUUCUGAUUUUUUUGGCCAUUUAUGACAUAGCAAUAAAAUUUAAACAACUA